UUGACGUCACAGGUCUAAAGCGGAAGUGGUUGUAAUCUUCUGCAGUUGUGGGAUGAAGAUGGGUUAGGGAGAAGGCUGCAAAGUGUUAAAAAGAAACACUAAAACCUGAUAAUUUAACAUCUUUAGUGGACUAGACAUGAAGACGGUGUUUGUUACUGUCGGCACCACGAGCUUUGAUGAGCUCAGCAAUACCAUCACGUGCCCAGAGUCCGUGCAGGCUCUGAAGGCUCGCGGAUAUGAGCGUCUGGUUCUGCAGGUUGGAAGAGGAUCAGUUGUUCCUGCGGCUGACAGCUGUCCGCAAGUCAAACUUGAAGUGUUUCGAUUCAAAGAUUCGAUAGCGGAAGACAUGAAGCAGGCGGACCUCAUCAUAAGCCACGCAGGGGCAGGAAGUUGUUUGGAGGCCCUCGGAGCAGGCAAGCCUCUGCUGGUCGUAGUGAAUGACAAACUGAUGGACAACCACCAGCUGGAGCUUGCCCGACAGCUCCACAUAGACUCCCACUGUUUCUACUGCACAUGCAGCACCCUGACAGACACCCUGAGGACCAUGGAUCUCUCUGUUCUUCAGCCAUACGUGCCCGGGCAACCCAAGCAUUUCGCAAACUUUCUGGACAAAGCUCUCGGGGUUCAGAAACGUUGAUUUUUAAGGGACUGUUUAUUUUCUGUUACGCUCGAGAAAAUCAUGUAGUAGAUUAUGAUGCUUGAUGAUAUAAAUGUAAUUGUGCAGUAUAAAACUGUCACUGUUUAACACAAGUGCUUUCUAUUUUUUAUAUGCAAUAAUCUAUUUAAUUUCAAUUCAUUACGUGUGCUGUGACUCAUUUGUGUUCAAAAUGUGUUUUAAAAGUUUUAUACAAGAAAAUGAAAGACAGAUGCCUCGCAUGUUUAAAACAAACAACAAAGUUAAAGGCACAUCUAUGAGAGUGACCAAAUGUUGCAUUAAUGAAGUGUAGCACAGAGCAUGAGAAGUCUUUACAUCAUGUUUAGAUCUGUAUCCUGCAAAAAACUGUUGAACAAGACAAUCCAGGGCCUAAGAACUGAGUUCAUCAUUAACAGAGUGAAUAAGUAAACAGACAGGAAACUGAAAA